UCUCCAUGACAGUAAGGAGUCCAGGACAACAAUGAAGUCUCUCCGAUUCAUUAGCGCCGAAGCAUUUGUGUCAAAUGCAGAGUUUGCCAGGAAGAGUCUCGGGGCUGUUGCGCAUGAUCUUUUUCCGCUUCUUUUUAAAGCCAGCUAUUUACUGGAGCAAGGGGAAGUGAUUCAUGACUUGGUAGAGAACUGGCCACUUUUUGAUUUUAACAUGGGAAAACUUUUGGGAGCUACUCUGGACUAUGAGGAAGACCUGAGCCACAGAACAUGUUCAGUGUGCUUGGAAAGCUGUCUGACAGGGCUGAGAGACUAUGUGCUGAAUCAGUCUUCUCCCUACAUGAAAAAGUUGAAAGUGGUCGACCUGACGGGUAUAAGAGAUGUUGAAGUUCAGUUUUGUAAGUGCAAGAAGACAAUGGGCAGGUGGGCCAGGACACAGCUGCUCUCUAAGCUUUGUUCAGACCUCCUGGUUUACCUGCAACAAGCACAGUGCAAUCCAGGUACCUUUGAAGUCAGUAUCAAUGUACUAAUUGACUUGUUUGUUACAGAGCGGAACUAUGAGCUGGUCAUGCAGGCCCUGCUGAAGAAAUGCAGUUGUCCGCUGAAAAUCUGCUGUGUGGCAUUCAGAUCUGACAACCUGACCUUGCAGAAAUUCUUCUAUAUCAUAAAGCUCGCUGAUCCCUCCUUGUUGCGCAAACUGGAAAUAGUUCAUAAUGUUCACUUGGAAAUGGAACAUUUGGAAAUGCUCUUCAACAGUAUCCACUUCCCUCUAUUGAUGUCCUUGACCUUGCCAGCACGAACAUUUAAUGUGCGGAGGUUCACAGCUACAGAUGAACAGAUGCUUACUAACAUUGGUGAAAAGAUGGGUGAAAUGACACAGCUUACUGAGCUGAGUAUGUCAUUUUCUAUACUGACUGGAAGAAUACAGAAACUUCUCAGCCCACUAAAAACUCCACUGAAGAUGCUGGAUGUUUCUAACUGCUCCUUGAACCAUGCUGAUAUGGCCUUUUUAGCCAAUAGCUUCCAUGCGAAUCACUUGGAAGCCCUGGACCUGAGUGGUCAUGAUAUACCUGAGCUUUACCCAUCAACAUUCUUUAAACUCCUCAGCCAUUGCUCUUCAGUGCUCAGGAGUCUUACCCUGGAGGACUGUAAUAUCCAAGACACUCAUGUCAACAUGUUGAUUUUAGGUUUAAGCCCUUGUCAGAAACUAGAGGAAUUUAAGUUUAUUGGAAACCCACUGUCAUCCCAAGCACUUAAACAUCUUUUCACAUUUUUCUGUGAAUUGCCAAUGCUGAAAAAUGUGGAGUUCCCAGUUCCAAGGGAUUGCUACCCUAUUGGGAUCACCUACCCCAUUGAUGAUGCCAGUGUUUGCAGAUUUGAUCCUCAAAAAUAUGAAAGGGUAGCAGAGGAGCUUAACCUCAUUUUACUCCAAGCAAAUAGAGAGGAUGUGAAGGCUUCAACACCACUCUUUGGGAGUUAUGAUGCUGCUGUUCAGGAGACAAACAAUGAACUGGGAGCUUACUUGAUCAAGUCCUUCAAAGAGACUUUAGAGAAGUUCACUUCUUCAUUUAACAAAAUGAGUUAAAUUUGUAAAACUGUAAAGUAGUGAUGAGAUUAUCUGCCAAAUCAGAACUUAAAUUAGUCUUUUCUAGAUCUACACCUUCAGUCAUCAGUUGUGAAUUUUCUUUAGUUUUUCAGCUGAAUUUACUAUUAUUUGAAUAACCUGUAAUCACCUGAGGUACUGUAACUCAUGCUAUACCUAUUGCAUACACCUUACACAAGCACUACUUGCUCCCAAAAGAGGGGAGGACACUUAAUGGUGCAUUAUUUUAUACAAGUGCACUUUUUCUCAGUAAAGCAAAUAGGUGUUUAAGCUUGGCUGAUUUCUUAUACAGGUUCCCUUAGAUUUGUCAGCUGGUCUGGUAGCCCUGCAGAAAAACAAGGAAGUCCUUUCCCAAGUCCAGCAGGAUGGUCAAAAGAUUGUGCACAUAUCCUCAUGUGUGGCUCCCUAAACUGUUUUUUUUUUUCUUUUUUCUGCUCAUGACCUGAAUUUACCAAUCUGUGUUUUAUGUAGUAUAUUCCAAAUAAUGGAGAAUGUGUAACAGCCUCCAUAUACCUGUGCCUCUUUCUUCUCAGAGGCAAGUGCAAUAAACAGGAUCUGUCUUAUACACUGCCCUUGGUGAGGAGUAAAAUUCCAUACUGAGGAGGCAGCAAACCAAAUGGUUGGCUGACAGCAGGGGAUCUCAUCCCACUUACCCAGCAAUAUUAACCAGUUUGUGGGGACUCUGCUGUUGUUCUUGCAAUGUGUGUUUUAGAAAGGCAGACCAGGACAGUGUUGCACAGCCAUGCCUCUUAUGUCAGCUGGUCAGUGCCUCAAGAUAUUUCCUUCCUGGAAUCAGCUUCUUGGCUGGUAGAAUGUACCCUGCUCCUUUCAGUUGUUUUAAAGAAAGUCUAGGACUGUGGUAGUACUGAAAAAAAGACUAGUGUUGAAAAGACAUGCAAAAAAAAAAAAAAAGUUAUUCCAAUGCCAAUUUAAAAAAUGUGGAAAAGGGACAAGGCUGGUUGGGCUGGUUGCUGAGUAUCUAGAAGUUCAUCUGUGUAAAACACUGCUGGCUUUCUGUCAGGACUGUAUGUUCUCUACAGAUUUGCGACCAGUAUCAGGAAAAAUCACAUUUAUUUGUCUAACUUUAGUGCAAGGAAAGUAUUAGAAUGACAGAGUAAACAGUAUCCCAGGCUCCAUGCACGCAGCAUUGGAGCAUAGGUAAAGGGGCCAACUGGAUGUCAGGACAGUAAGGGCCACAAGACACACGUAUGAGGAAAGUACUAUAAUUGGGGCCUGAGCGAUAAACAAGUGCUACUCAGCUUUUCACCUGUAAAACUAGACACUUGAUUGGCUUCUAGGUAAUUAAAAAAAUAAAUAUAAUAAUAUAAAAAAUGUAUGUAAUAAAUAUACUUUAAUAGUUCAUGAAAACUUGAUCAAACACGACUGAAAGUGAAUGUUUGUAGCAGGAGCUGGAGGUGUCACUGUAGCAUUGAGGAUCAUCAUUAAGAUAACCAGGACAGUUUAUUUGAAAUAAUUAUGGGCCUCAUCAUCUGAGGGUAAGGAAGAAACUUUCUUCAUUUAGGUAGUGCUGAUUUGUCAAGCUUUCUGUUUAUCUACAGUAGGAAUAUGCAAGCAACUCUUAACCUAAUUUAUUUUAAAAAACCCCAAAACAAACCAAAAAUUAAUGGUCCGAGUACUAAGCAGAACUUAGAGGUUCCACAGCAUGCAUUUAAAUUAUUGUUUUUGAUGUCAGCUCACAUUCUAACAUGUUUUAUUGAUUAAACAUAUGAUGGUAAAAUUGAAAGUGAAUGGUCAUGACCUGUUUAUGUUUACAGAGCACUUGAAAAAUAAAAAGGCAAUCUAAGUUGCUAAGCUAAGGAGUUGGGAAUAGUAAAUGACAGAAUUGGGUCCCGUAUGACCUUGCUUGUACUUUGACAGGAUUCCACAUGCUGCUUUAUCCUUGCCUCUACUGUGCCUUUUCUUCCCUCCAGCCUCGCCAUUCUUUCCAUCUCAGACUUGACUGAUGAUUUCUCAGUCAGAUUUAAGUUGAAUUUUGCUAUGCCAAAUGUCUACCUCUUUGGGAUGAGUAGUGAUACUUUUGCAGGGAAAGAACACUGUACUACAGCUGUAAAAGUGUAGUGAUUCUUCCCCCCUCCAAUCUAACAGGUUGUACCUGGAGGUGAAGGCUGGCCAUUUUGGAACAUGCUGUGAUAUAAUGGUUGGUCCUUGCCUUUUUCAGUACACACAAAAGAGACAGCUCUUAUUUCAGAAUUAUUAGAUGCCUUAUAAAGUCUGCUUCUGGUUUCUUCUUGCCACGGUUCACCCCUUUAUUUCCUUCUUUUUCUGAACCCCACAAACUCCUGCCUUUCUUCCAUUUUCAGUCUCGUGUCUAUAUGCUAACUUCUGGGCCAGCAGAAUUAUGUAGCUUUUGUUUUGGUGCAAAGUGACGACUAUUUUAGAGCUUUAGCUCUCAGAUAUCCCACCUUCUUCUCUUUAGUUUCUUUCUUAGUUAUGGUUGUUAUCAUUGGUUUUAAAUACAGGUCAAGCUUUAGCAUUUUGUUUUUUGCCUGACUUACUGCAACAAGGAUUUCUGUCCCCUCUCAGAAGGGUUCCUGCCUGUCUUCUGCCCCAGCAGUGUGAUUUUGGUUUGGAUCUGCUCUUUCUUCCUUCUUCCAUGUGUGUGGGACCUGGAAUGCAGCUAAUAGAGAAGAAGGAUUAAUUGUAUGUUGACCUAACCAUAUAAAAUUAUUUUACACUUUGCAAGUACAGACAGAUACUGAUUGAGUCCUGUUUGGUGUUUCCUUUUCUUCCUUACGGGAUGAUUGUCAGCUUCACUGGGUUCAGACUGGAGUGGAUCCAAGGUCAUUUGUACUGUCUAUCCAGAAAGCUAAAACCUUAACUACAUACCACCUUGAGGGGAGACAGUCUUCUAAGCUCCAGUUAAGGCUGCCCAGACAGAGACAGGACAGGAGUUACCACAACACUGAAUCCACACAGCUGUCAAUGGAGUGAAGAUGAAUGAUGUGAAUGGAGUUGAAUUCAAUUUCCUCCUACCAUAUCUGCUCAUGGUGUUCCUUUAAGUGUCUGAAGAAGAAUGCUCAAAGUCACUUGAGGUUUAUUUGUGAAAGACACAGAAGAGAUGCAUGUAGGAAAAAACCCUGAAAAACAAAACCAGGAUGAGAUCAAAACCAUUCUCACCAUAUUCAAACAAAUGUUAUAAACACAAAAUGCAAUAAUGAGUAUCACAGAGAAGUGAAAGGCCGAAUUUUUAAUUCCAAUAUAAAGAAAGAGACUGCUAAUCUUUUAUUUUAUUCACCAUACUUUAUUCAGUACCAUGUUUUAUUUACCAUAUUGUACUUUUUUAUUCAUUAGCAUAUUUUAACUUAAUUUGCUGGGACAGGUUUUGUUCAGCAGCAGUUGCUUGCAAAUCUUUCUCAUUUGCAAGGUAAAAAUUGCCAGAAGAGCUUUCUGCUGCUGAAAUUGCUAAACUCCCCUAUUCAGUAACUGUCCUGAGUUCAGUGAAAUACUGAGUACAUAGGAAAUAAAUAUUCUCCUUUGACAAACUUCAUAAAACUGAAAAACAGGCAAAAAAUCUUUAUAAAUGACCUUUGCUACAUCUGAUCUCUUCAUAAUUUAAGCCACAUUACGUUUUGGCCACACACAGAGCAGCUGAAAAAAGCAACAGGAAAAAAGAUUAUAGUAAGAUUUUUACUGUGGAAGAAACAGCACAGCAGCUCUGUACUUGGAGACAGCUAUCUGUACAUAUCCUACAUAUCCUACAUCAGUACAUAAAAUCCUACCAAUAGAAAAAGGCAAAUAAACACUACUGUUGCAAGAAAGUUGUCAUAUGUGAAACUGAAACAAGCUUCCCAAUAUAAUCCUACACCUUUUAAAUUACUAUUCUUAAACUCAAAAGUUAUGGACUACAGGUCAAUUCUUCUUAACAAGCAUGAACUUUGCUUACAAAGCUCCUCUUUCUCUCCUUAAAAUAUGCAUCAGUCAACAACAGAGCAGGACUGUAUGAACUACCUUGCAAAGAAACAAGGGAAGGAGCAUUGUACCUAAUGCUCUCCACAUACUGCCUUCAAGUAAAAGUACCCUGUGUGAAAAUUAUUGUGUCUAGGAUAAUAAUUUAUGAUGUAAAUUUAACACCUGUUUCAAUGAAUGUGUGGCCAGAGAGUCAAAGCUGCCUCUGGUUAAUCCUAAAAGCAGCAACUGUAAUCAUUAUUUUGUAGGGAUUUUUAAAAUAGUCUUAUACCUAGACAAAGAAGCUUUACUUUUGAAGAAAACAUGUUGGUUGUGAUUGAUGAUUGCAUUAUUUUUAAAAGUCUUUGAAUAGUACCCAGCAUGACCUUCUCUAUCAUUCUUCCAGGUACUAAGGUUAAAGACAGUUUGCUGUCUAAGGUACAGCUGCAUUUAUAUUGGUUAAUUUUACCCAAUAAAGAUUUACAAAAUAAUCCUAAAGAUAGUUUUAAUCUCAGGUAGAAUGUGAAGACUUUAUGCAGCAUAGGAUCACAGGAUUUUAAGGGGAACACCACCUGUCUGUCCAGAAAAAAAAAAUAAAUUAUUUCUCCCUGUGGAAGAUGAUCAACACUCCACCUUGUUCUCAACUUUAAAGUAUUUUAAAUUUCAGACUGAGAAUAUUCAAACAUCUAAAACACAUAUCUGUUCUGGGAAUUCAUAAUGAAGAUAGAGGUAAUAUUUUGUCUUCCUUCUCCAUCUUUCAGUCAGAAGUGAUUUUUUCUUCCUAUUGCAUCUGCUGUGAACUGUGGGAAAUCAUCCACUGAACUGCUGCUUUUUCCGUUUCCAUGUUUUUCUUCACUGGGCUGAAGGUUUCUCUUAGUCUCAGAUCCACCAUACAACAUUAGUUUUACUUGUUAGAGUUUUAUUUGUUUGCUGUAGAAGGUUUUACAGACUGAAAGACAACCUUGGCUAUGCUUCUCAUUAUUUUACUUUUUAUUCUGAGCACCAGCUAACAUGCUCCUAAUGAAGCAGGACUAUAAGCUUCAUUAAUGCUCAAUAAAAGUUGUAUUUUUUUUUGUUU